AUGCUUCGGGCCGACCCGUCCUACCCGACGGUGGCACUCUUCCACGUCUCGCUCACACACGCUGAGAAAAAAUCGGAAACGGCGUGCAGCAGAGUCACCGACGAGCUGGACGCUGUGUGGGCCCCCUACGUUGUAAGAGCGCCGGAGUCGGAACUGUAG